UGCCGCGGAGCCCCGCCCCCAGCAGGGGGGAUGUGGCUAUGGGUGAGGGUCAUGGGGUGUGAGCGCCUCUGAGCCGUCGACCCGGAGGGCCGCGGGUGCCCUUGCCUCGCCGCCGCGACCAGCGCACCCAGCCCCGCAGUCGCCCGCCCCGUUCCCGGCGGCGGCGCAGUCCAUGCGGCUGGGGGCGGAGGCUGGGAGCGGGUGGCGGGCGCGGCGGCCCGGGCCCGGGCGGUGAUUGGCCGCCUGCUGGCCGCGGCUCAGGCCCGGGCGGCGGGCGGGGAACGCAGGCGGAGCCCGCUGCCGAGGAGCCGAGAAGAUGCUGCUGUCCCUGGUGCUCCACACGUACUCCAUGCGCUACCUGCUGCCCAGCGUCGUGCUCCUGGGCACAGCGCCCACCUACGUGCUGGCUUGGGGGGUCUGGCGGCUGCUCUCCGCCUUCCUGCCCUCCCGCUUCUACCAGGCGCUGGACGAUCGGCUCUACUGCGUCUACCAGAGCAUGGUGCUCUUCUUCUUCGAGAAUUACACCGGGGUCCAGGCACCAGAAAUGAAAACCUCAAAUAAGAAUGUGUUGCUUGGAGAUUUUAGAGUACUGUAUAUGUGUAUAAGUAUAUUGCUAUAUGGAGAUUUGCCAAAAAAUAAAGAAAAUAUAAUAUAUUUAGCAAAUCAUCGAAGCACAGUUGACUGGAUCAUUGCCGACAUCUUGGCCAUCAGGCAGAAUGCGCUUGGACAUGUGCGCUAUGUGCUGAAAGAUGGGUUAAAAUGGCUGCCGUUGUAUGGGUGUUAUUUUUCUCAGCAUGGAGGAAUCUAUGUAAAUCGAAGUGCCAAAUUUAAUGAGAAAGAGAUGAGAAACAAGCUGCAGAGCUACGUGAACGCAGGAACUCCAAUGUAUCUUGUGAUUUUUCCAGAAGGUACAAGGUAUAAUCCAGAACAAACAAAAGUCAUUUCAUCUAGUCAGGCAUUUGCUGCCCAACGUGGCCUUCCAGUAUUGAAAUACGUGCUCACACCACGGAUAAAGGCAACUCACGUUGCUUUUGAUUGCAUGAAGAAGUAUUUAGAUGCAAUUUAUGAUGUUACGGUGGUUUACGAAGGGAAAGACGAUGGAGGGCAGCGAAGAGAGGCACCGACCAUGACGGAAUUUCUCUGCAAAGAGUCUCCAAAAAUUCAUAUUCACAUUGAUCGUAUCGACAAAAAAGAUGUCCCGGAAGAACAAGAACAUAUGAGGAGAUGGCUGCAUGAACGUUUCGAAAUCAAAGACAAGAUGCUUAUAGAAUUUUAUGAGUCACCAGAUCCAGAAAGACGAAACAGAUUUCCUGGGAAAAGUGUUCAUUCCAAAUUAAGUAUCAAGAAGACUUUACCGUCAAUGUUGAUCUUAAGUGGUUUGACUACAGGCAUGCUUAUGACCGAGGCUGGAAGGAAGCUGUAUGUGAACACGUGGAUAUAUGGAACCCUACUUGGCUGCCUGUGGGUUACUAUUAAACCAUAAACAAGUAGCUGUCUUCAGACAGUGGGAUGUGCUGCAUUGCCUAUUUUUGGCAGCUGCACGUGACAUCAAAUUGUUUCCUGAAUUUAAUAAGGAGUGUAAAUAAAGCCUUGUUGGUUGAA